GUUGAAUCUGUGCUGAUGGCUCUCCUGAGAAUCUGAGGUGUUACCCGGGUGUUUCUCUUCAGGCCGAGCCAGUGGGACAUCUCUCCUUUGUGUCAGUCUGUAGCGGAGGAUGUCCGUUCUCUAACUUGUUCUGCUCCACUAACCUCUAGUGCACAGUCCGAGCGGACAUGGAGGAGUACGAGGCUCGUUCUGCCGCCAGCAUUCUGGCAUCGGUUAAAGAGCAGGAGGCGAGGUUUGAGCAGCUGACACGGGCGCUUGAGGAAGAGCGACGCCACGUCUCACUGCAGCUGGAGCGCGCCAACGUGCCACGGGCCGACCACCUUCCGUGGCAGCAGGUGGUCAUGCAGGAGCAGAGUCCCAGCAACCAGACGUCUCUGGCCAUGAUGCAGGAGCCGCAGGAGAUGGUGGAGGAGACGGUCACUAUAGAGGAGGACCCUGGCACGCCCACUUCACACGUCUCCGUGGUGACGUCAGAGGACGGGACCACGCGCCGCACAGAGACCAAGGUAACCAAGAUGGUGAAGACAGUAACCACCCGCACCGUGCGACAGGUCCCGCUAGGUCCAGACGGCCUGCAGAUUUCCGACGGCUCGUCACCGUUGGGCAGCUACACGGACUCCAUCGACCGUCGCUUCAUGAAGAACGGCGAGCGCUUCGUCACACCUCAGGCCACGUCUACGCUCACACGCUCCUACAACCACAACAACUAUGGCGACUCGUACUACAGUCCGCACGACACCUACGGGGAUGUUUGCGACAACUACGGGAGCCUCUCCCGUGGUCUUAACUACCGCCCCUACAGGCCCUACAAUUACCGCAUGGAGAACAGCUACACCCUCCCAAUUCGCAGGGACGACUACGGGCACAUGGCACAGCCACAAGUACCCGUUGGAGGCAGCAGCACCAUGGACCUCAAUCGCUCGCAACCGGAACGCUUUCAGCCCGAGCCGUAUGGACUGGAGGACGACCGCCGCAGCCUCGGCCCGGACGAGGAAGAGCCGUAUGAGCUGGAGCCCGACUACUCCACUGCCAACCGCCGCACGCUGCCCAGUGCUGCACGUGCCAUGAGGGACCCGUUGCGCAACGGUCCUCGUGUCAGGGGCUACGAUGACCCCAUCGAGUCGGAGCUAAUCGACGAGCGACACCGCUACGGUCCUGGCAUGUUCCCCGCCCCACUUGCACAGCCCGAACGGGGCAGCACGGCCAGCCUGGACGGUGGCAUCGACAGUGGCUUGGCGCGCCAGGACCCCCGCUGUUGGCGUGACCCCGACCUCCCUGAGGUCAUCGCUAUGCUGGGCCACCCUCUCGAUCCAGUCAAAGCUAACGCCGCCGCCUACCUGCAGCACCUGUGCUACGAGAACGACGUAGUAAAGAAAGCCGUGCGACAGCUGAACGGCAUCCCGGCUCUGGUGGCCUUGCUCGAGCACCCCAAGGGUGAGGUGCAGCGCAAAGCGUGUGGAGCUCUGCGCAACCUCUCCUUCGGCAAGGACAACGAAAACAAGGCGGCCAUCAGGAGCUGCGACGGCAUCCCCGCUCUCGUUCGCCUGCUUAGGAAGAGCGGUGACGCUGAGAUUCGCGAACUCGUCACAGGAACAUUGUGGAAUUUAUCAUCGUACGAGCCGUUGAAGAUGGUGAUCAUUAAUCAUGCGCUGCAGACCAUGACCAACGAGGUGAUCAUCCCGCACUCGGGCUGGGAGGCUGAGCCCAAUGAGGACUCGAAGCCCCGGGACGCCCAGUGGACCACCGUCUUCAAGAACACGUCCGGUUGCCUGAGGAACGUGAGUUCGGAUGGAGCGGAGGCACGCAGAAGGCUGCGGGAGUGCGAGGGCCUGGUGGAUGCCCUGCUCCAUGCUCUGCUCUCAGCCGUGGGGAAGAAGGACAUGGACAACAAGUCUGUGGAGAACUGUGUGUGCAUCAUGAGGAACCUCUCCUACCACGUGCACAAAGAAGUCCCCGGUGCGGAGAAGUUCCAUGACCCGUCGUCUCUUCAGGCUCCGGGCUCCACGGGAACUCACAGGAAGAAGAAGGACGACGCCGGCUGCUUCGGCGGCAAGAAAGCUAAAGAGGAAUGGUUUAACCAAGGGAGGAGAAACGGGGAAAACGACAAGAACUACGACACCAUGGACCUCCCGAAGCGCACCGAGCCCACCAAAGGCUUCGAAUUGCUGUACCAGCCAGAGGUGGUGCGUCUCUAUCUGUCCCUGCUGACCGAAAGCCAGAACUACAACACGUUGGAGGCGGCAGCAGGGGCCUUACAGAACCUCAGCGCUGGACAGUGGGUAUGGUCCAGCUACAUCCGGGCGACGGUGCGUAAGGAGAAAGGCUUGCCGAUCCUGGUAGAGCUGCUACGCUCUGAUUCGGAUAAGGUGGUGCGCGCCAUCGCCAUCGCCCUGCGUAACCUCUCCAUCGACCGGCGCAACAAAGACCUCAUAGGGAGCUACGCCAUGAGGGACCUGGUGAGCAACCUGCCGAGCGGUCAGCAGCGUCCAGCCAAGAACCUGGAGGAGGACACGGUGGUGGCGGUGCUCAACACCAUCCACGAGAUAGUGACGGACAGCUCGGAGAACGCCCGCUCGCUCAUCAUGGCUCAGGCCAUCGAUAAACUGGUGGCCAUCCACAGGACCAGUCAGUCAGCCAGAGAGACCAAGGCUGCUUCUCACAUCCUGCAGACGGUCUGGAGCUACAAAGAGCUGAGAAACACCCUAACCAAGGACGGCUGGAACAAAACUCAUUUUCAGCCCACAGCGACCGUGGCUCCAAAAGGCUCAAAAAGCAGCAAGUCUGGAUACGACGACACCACCCUCCCCCUGAUGGAGAAGAACCAAGGCGACAGAGGCUGUGGCACUGGUGCAAUGAUACCUAUGGAUGAACUGGGUCCAGACGGCUAUUCCACUAUUGACCAAAGGGACAAAGACUGCAAAUACAAAACCAGCGACGCCUCGUCGGAUCUGACGGAACGCGAGCCUCUGAAGAAUGACUCGAAUAGGAAGCACUAUAUCCGGAGCAACAGGCCGACAGUGAGUCUUGUGGACGCUUGUGAUGUCAAGACUCAGCCUGUUGACUCCUGGGUGUAAAUGCAUGCAUGGCUUAGCCAGCGUCAGCGCUACAUCACAACCAGUCGAAGGAUCUCACGAGACACGAGUCACCACUGCCAUUUCCUCCACCACGUGGACUCAUCAGCAAAGAGACACAAACAAAAGCGCAAUCUUUCAUUCGGCGAGAUGAAACGGAACGCAAACACAAACACACGCACACAAAAAAAAAUGGAAAAGGAAAAAAAAACAACGUAUAUUUUUCACACACGUGCAUUCCCACGGCGUGACGAGGAUCCGAGCGGCACAACACGAACUCCGCGGAUGAAGAAUAAAGGAUGAGCGCAGCAGCGAAUGUGAAAGUGAGGAUGUGGACAUGAAUGUGUAAGGACAAGAAAGAGAGUAAAGUGAAAAGGGAAAAGAAAUAAAGGGUUUAGGUUUGUUUGUUUGUUUGUUUGUUUUUUCAAAUAAUUCUGUUGCUUAUUUUUCUUGUUUUAUGUUUUUUUUUUUGAGAAGUGGUGGAAUGAAGGAUGUGUUUCGAUGGGAGAAGAAAUGUUUCUGGGUCGUAUAACGGUUUGAAAAUUUGUGUGAAAAAGUGUGUGGGGGGGGAAAGGCCCAACAUUGUGUCGUGACGUUCUGCUCAUUUUUCCCGUGCUCCAGUUUGUUUCGUGUGUCGGUGUCGGCUUUUGUGCUCUGUUUCACCCCGCAGUGUUUUAACGGUGAGUCGCUAACAGCGUGAAUGUAUGCUAACAGUUUGCUAACAGGCUAGGUGGCGUUCGUUGCUAGCAGUGUGCUGCGCUGCAGGUUUGAUUAGCGUGAGUGAGGAACGAAGGAGAGGUAGAAUCCGUCGGGUUUUAAAGGGUUUUAUAUUUUUGGCGCUGAUGUUAAUGUAAAAAAAUAAAAAAUAAAAACACAGCGCCAAGACAAACUGUUUAUACUUUGCUAGAGCGUCAACAACUUUGUAAAGUAAAAAAAUAAAUAAAUGAGAGGAAUGUAUGAAAAGACAGUGAAGGAACAAGUGACAGGUGUUUGUCGAGAAUUUCG